CUUUACUCUUUCCCUGAGGAGGAGAAAUGGAGUCAUGUAAUAGAUAUGUCUCUUUGGUAUUGAAAGUUGAGAGCUUUCAUUAAUUUAGCGCCACUGCUAGCACUCUUGCGACUAGCAAGGGUUUUAGUACUAAUGGUUGCUAAAGAUGAGAUCAGCCGUCUACCAGACGAGUUUCUUGGACGUAUUCUGUCUUUUCUCUCCACAAAAGAAGCUGCUUCAACCUCAGUACUGUCUAAGAGAUGGAGGAAUGUGUUUGUUUUGGUUUCCAAUAUUGACAUUGAUGAUCGUCAAUCUGUGCGUAAGACUACUCGACGAAACCGGAGUGACACCCCCAAAAAUUUCAUGGCUUUCGUUGACAGAUUGCUUAACCUUCAAGGUGAUUCUUCUAUUAAGAAGCUCACUCUAAAGAGUCAUGUCGGUGUUCGAGGUGGCACUGACUCAACUCGUAUUCGAAGCUGGAUUCUCAACGUGCUUGAGCGUGGUGUUGUGGAUCUUGAUUUGUUCAUCUCUUCCAAAGGAAAAUCUUCACCAGUGCCUUCGUUGAUCUUCAAGUGCAAGACAUUGGUUAAGCUGAGACUAGCUCGUGGGUUCACGAUCAAGCUUCCUCCGGAUGUUUCUCUUCCUAUGCUUAGCAAAUUAUAUCUUGACUCUGUUGAUUUUGAUGGAGAUGGUGAUAAUGUAGUUGGAACUCUUCUAUCUCGUUGCCCUGUUCUGGAAGAAUUGGUUGUUGAGGAGCAACGACGGGUAAAAUGGAAUGGUUCGGUGUAUUCUCCAUCUCUAAAGAGACUACACAUCCGAUCUGAUCACAGUCUUACAAGUAUUUCCUUAUAUGCUCCUAAUCUUGUCUACUAUAAACACUCUGGUUAUGUUUUGGGUAAGUAUCCAAAUGUUAAGCUGGAUUCCCUCAUUGAAGCUAGACUCAAUCUUCGGAUGGAUGAAAUAAGAAUGCAGGGAGUGAGACAUGGAUCUGUUGGUUUUAUCCCCGCUAAUAUUAUAAAUCUCAUUAAUGGAAUCAAAAAUGUUCGAGUACUUCACUUAUCCAGCGGCACUCUAGAGCUUCUUUAUUUCUCCUGUCAAGAAAUGCCAUUGUUCGACAGCCUUGUUAGUCUAUCCAUUGGGAGUGACAAGGAAAAAGGAUGGCAAAUGCUGCCACUUCUGAUCAAGAGUUCUCCAAAUCUAGAAACUCUCAUCUUCAUGGGUCUCGAUCACUACAUAACAAACAAAUGUGGGGAUGUAUGUGUUUGCUAUGACUCCGAGGAGAGCAUAACGUCUUGCCUAUCAUCAUCCCAAGUGAAGGUGCUUGAGAUACUGAGCUAUCGAGGAACUACAAGGGAGCUGAACCAAAUGAAGCAUUUCUUGGAGAAGUUACCGUGUCUUGAGCUGGUGAAAAUUUGCGUGGUAAACAACUGUAGUAACGUUCAAGUCAACAUGGAAAUGAGGAAUCUUAUGAUGCUUCCAAGAGCUUCAUCAAAGUGCAAGAUCCAAGUCAUGUUUUUAACGAAACACAACCAAGUGAUGUGAUGAGUAGCAGAACAUUGUCAUAUUGUUAUGUUUUUACCUAACUAGUAAGGAAGCUUUAUUGUUUAAUGUUUAUGAACAUAUCAUGAUAUGUUAUGAAAUGAUUGUGUGACUUAAUUCUAUUAAGUAGAAGAAUCUUCUUAUAUA